CCCGGCGGCAAGAGUCUUUAUAUUUUGCAACGGUGCCAGGCCAGGGGCACUAUAGACGCUAAACUGACGCUGGCAAUAUGGUGAAGAAAGGUCUUCUGGAGAGGCUGCAGGAGGGCGUCGUGGUCGGGGACGGAGGCUUCCUGCUCGCCUUGGAGAAGAGGGGCUACAUCAAGGGAGGCCCCUGGACGCCCGAGGUGGUGGUCGAGCAUCCCGACGCAGUAAAACAGCUUCACCGGGAGUUCAUGCGAUCAGGGAGUGACGUCCUCCAGGCUCUCACCUUCUAUUCCACUGACGACAAACUCAACCUGGAAGGAAAUGAGGCAGGAAAAAACUACAAGUGCUCCCAGAUCACCGACGGCGCCUGCAGGAUCGCCCAUGAGGUGGCUGAGGAAGGGGACGUCCUCGUGGCGGGCAGCGUGACCCAGUGCCCCUCCUACACCGAGGGGAAGGGCAAGCAGGUGGUGCAGGCGAAUAUCAAGACGCAAGUGGGUUCCUUCGUGAAGAACAAACUGGAUUUCGUCAUCGCCGAGUUCUUCAUGUACGUGGAGGAGAUAGAAUGGGUUAUCGAGGAACUGCUAAAGAGCGGCCUCCCCGUGGCAGCCACCAUGAGCAUCGGCAAGGAGGGAGACCUGGCAGGAGUCAGCCCCGGGGAAUGCGCCGUCAGGAUGGCCCGCGCGGGAGCCAGUGUCGUUGGCGUGAAUUGCCUAUUCGACCCCGUGAUGACCUUCGACACCAUCAGGCUCAUGAAGGAGGCCCUCGACGCGCAAGGCCUCCGCCCCUUCCUCAUGACGCAGCCCAACGGCUUCUUCACCGAGGGCGCGGAUAAGACGGGCUACCUCGGCGUGCCUGAGUAUCCUUUCGCCAUGGAGCCAAGGACAGUCACCCGCUUCGAUGUACAUAAGUACGCCCGCGCCGCCUACGAUAUGGGCGUGCGCUACAUCGGCGGCUGCUGCGGCUUCGAGGCCUACCACAUUCGGGCUAUUAGCGAAGAGCUAGCCAAGGAGCGAGGUAGACUGCCCCCUGCUAGUAGCAAACACGAGCCCUGGGGAGGAACUUUGAAGAUGAGUGCCUUUCCUUAUAUUCGUGCGAGAGCCUGCGAAGAGUACUGGAAGAAUCUGAUACCAUCCAGAGGGCGUUCGAUCCCCCCAACAUACGCUAUUCAGCCUGAAGAAGUGCGGAAGACUUCUUGAGUAACAAAGCCUUUUCAAAAAUGUUAUGUUUAUUUUCAUUUUCAGACCUGGAGAAAAAGGAAAGUAUUGUUGUUAGUCAGUGAAUAAAAUCUGAGUUGAAUUAAAGGCAAAAUUUUA